AUUUAUUUUUAUAAAAAUAAAAAUACAAUCGAACAAAACACCAGUGUCUUCCCAAACCCACCUAGAACCCUAACGGCGCCAAACCUUUUUUUCACACCGCCGAUCAAAUCACAGUUAAAUCAUGGAGGAACCGCCAAAAGCAUCAUGCUGGAGCAAUAUAGUGAAGAAAGAGCCACCGCCACCUCAAAAACCACAACCACUUUUACAAACCGAACAAGUUUUAGAAGAUGCUCGUAACCAUCAUGGGAUCUCCGUUGCCAUUGUUGAUGCAAAUGCCGUUAUUGCUGCCGGUGAAAAGCUUCACGGUAUUGCUGAUAAGUUUGUCUCUGUACCGGAAGUUAUGGAGGAAAUUCGUGACCCCGUUUCUCGCCAUAAACUUUCGUUUCUUCCCUUUACUAUCCAAACUAUGGAACCAACCCCUGAAUCUAUCAACAAAGUUAUCAAAUUUGCUAGGAUUACUGGUGAUCUACAGACUCUAUCAGAUGUGGAUAUCAAACUCAUGGCUCUAACUUAUACUUUGGAGGCUCAGAUUCACGGAACAAAACAUCUCAGGGACAGCCCACCUCCGGUGCAAAUGCUAAAUGUGAAGAGGUUACCUGAGAAGGACAUGCCUGGAUGGGGGUCAAAUGUUCCUAAUUUGGAAGAGUGGGAAGCAUUGGAACGCGAAACUGAGGAUAAUGCAAAUUCCAAUUCGAGAAUCCUUCCUUUGCAGGACUUGAGUUUGAAUGUUGUUGCUCAAGAUGAUCAAUCUGUAGAUGGUUCAGUAGAGCAUACGAGUGAAAGUCCUUUGGGAAUUCUGGAGGGUGAUGAAAGUGGUGGUUCAAUGAGCCGUAAGAAUUAUAUGCCUGAGAAGAAAGUGAUAAACAUUGAAGGGAAGACGGUGGCUGAUGGAAUUGAUGCAUCUCAAGGACAAGUUGAUGAAAAUGAAGGUGAUUGGAUGCCUGCUGUCAGUCGUAGUACUCACAGGAGAUUUCUAAGAAGGAAAGCUAGACGCGAGUACUAUGAUGCAUUAUCCAGUACUCAAGAUCAACAAGAUGUGGAAGAAAACAUCGAUGGUAGUGUUUAUGAAGAUGACACGGCUUCAAACUGUGAUGUUCAUCAAAGUGAUGAUGAGAAGCAUAUGGAAAAUGUUGUUUCCAAGAAGGAUGUGAUAUUUGCCGAGAACACUGAUGGUGAAGCUCUCUCUGCAACUCUGAAGCAAAUGACUCUGGAAGAAGGUUCUCUUGAAGUUCUUAAUGAAGAACAGAAACUAAGUUUGUCUCCUGAAGAAUUGCAGUCAGGCAAUGAUAGACUACUGGAAAGUGCAUCAGAUGGUAGUGCACUUAUGGAUGCUAAAUCAUGUGAGACAGAUUCAGUCGAUGACAAAGCAAGUCACUCGGAGAUUGCAAGCCAGACCAGUGAAGCUGCUGAUGUUUCAUAUGCAGAUGAUGGCACCAGUGAGCAAAGUUGGAUGCUUAGAUCUUUGUCCGAAUCAACUGUGGCCUGUAUAACCGGUGACUUUGCAAUGCAAAAUGUUCUCCUCCAAAUGGGUUUGCGCUUGCUGGCACCUGGAGGAUCACAGGUACACCAACUGCACAGAUGGAUACUUAAGUGUCAUGCCUGUUUUGCUGUUACUGCUGAAAUCGGAAGGAUUUUCUGUCCAAAAUGUGGAAAUGGUGGCACCUUAAGGAAGGUAGCUGUCACUGUUAAUGAAAAUGGAGUAAUGUUGGCAGCCCGUCGACCCCGAGUUACUUUACGUGGCACCAAGUUUUCAUUGCCAUUACCCCAAGGUGGAAGGGAUGCAAUGACAAAAAACGUUAUUCUCCGUGAAGAUCAACUACCUCAAAGGAUACUUCAUCCUAAAACAAGGAAGAAAGCCAACAAGGACGAUGAUUGCUUUCUGCCGGACAGUGUCUUCAGCCACCACAAUUAUAAGGGAACUCCUUUCACGCCUCCUGUAAGGAAAGCAUUAGCAGUUUUCAGUGGGAAGAGAAAUCCAAACGACAAUCACUACUCACGCUCUAAGCGUAAGUAGUGGAUGUUCAAAAUUUCUGUUGCCUGGCUUUUCUGCCCCUCAAUUUUGUUUCUUAUUGCUUUAUGUUGAAUGUUACCUGGAAGGUUGUUUAAGUUAUAAAAUAACAUGAUUUAAAGCAUGCUUCAUUUAUAUAUAAGAUUUAGUUUGGGUGAUGUAUGGAACAUGAUUAACAUCAUGAUUUGGAUUUUAUUUGCCCACUGGUAUGGUGUGAAAGCAUAAUCAGUUUUGCACUCUA